CUGACGGUAGGACUACCGUACAUUGAGCAUCUCCAGAGGAAUUCAAAGAAUGUUUUAGAUGGUAUCUUUUGGGUUGAACAAAGUGCAAGUACUGGAAAACGUGAGCUGUAUUAUGAUUCCGCGAAGUCACCGUCCGCAGGUCGCGUUAGAUGGGCGCCAGAACAGUCUGUGCAAAAUUGCGUUCACGAAUAUGGUGGAGGGUCAUUCAUCCCUUUAAAGGAUGGCUCUGUCGUUUACAGUACUGUAGAAGGUGUGUUUCAUCAGAAGCGUCCAGAUGCUGCUCCUAAACAAUUAGCAGAUGCUAAUGAGAAGAAGCUCAGGUUUGCUGACUUCACAGCUGCUGAUAAACAUGUUUAUUGUGUGAAUGAGGCUCAUCUUCGGCCUGGAGUAGAUCCAGAAAAUCGACUGAUAUCGAUCGAUAAGGAGACAAAAGAGCAGAAAGUUGUGGCCAGCGGUGCGGAUUUCUACGCAUCUCCUCGUGUAUCUCCAGAUGGAAAGAGAUUAGUAUGGAUGCAGUGGAAUCACGUGAAUAUGCCAUGGGAUGAGACAUCAAUUCAUAUGGCUGUACUACAUGAAGAUGGAACAGCAAGUGAUGAGGUGGUUAUAAAAGACGGCACUGGGAAGAAGAUCAACUAUUACUGUCCCAGUUGGGUAGAUGACAAAUUACUGAUGGUAAAUGAUUCAACCAACUUUUGGAAUGUGUACGAAGUGAGCACUAUGGGACCGGAAUGUAGGUUGCAUGCAUGGCCCAAAGCUCUGUGUCGUCUAAAUCACAUAAAGAAACGAACUUGUUCCCUGUUGAUCGAGAGAUCGGCUACCCUUUAUGGCAAUUUGCGGACCGACCCUAUGCCUCAAAUGGAUCUUGCAUGGUACUUCGAUGUCUGGCGGUCAGAUCCUCUCUAUAGCGGACGCUUGAUGUUUAGAAGAGAUGCCUCUAUAAGAACAGUUUCAACACCUGGAUAUACUGUAUUUUCACAUCUGAGCAUCACGCAAGGUGAUAUCGAUGAAGACCCCGCUAUCACUGUAAUUCGCACUGCACGUGAUGAUAAAGAUCUGGAAUCUUUGGAUAUUAGUGAGCCAGAACAUAUCGAGUUCCAAUCAGAUGAGAUUCCUGUUUCAGCUUGGCUCUACAUGCCCAAGAACCACAAUUAUGUAGGACCAAACGGUACCUUACCUCCCGUCCUU